ACCCAAACAAAGCCUAACCGAGCUCGACAACUGCUAGGGUUUCUCUUCAGAUUUGAAUCGAAGCAUGUCUCGCGUGUACGUUGGGAACUUGAGUUCUCGGGUUUCGGAGGGAGAGCUGGAAGAUGAGUUCCGCAAUUUCGGAGUUAUAAGAAGUGUGUGGGUUGCGAGGAGGCCACCGGGUUAUGCUUUCGUCGAUUUUGAUGACAGUAGAGAUGCUGAGGAUGCCAUUCGUGAAUUAGAUGGGAAGAAUGGCUGGAGAGUUGAGCUUUCACACAACUCUAGAGGUGGUGGUGGUGGUGGUCGUGGCGGAGGAGGUCGUGGCCGUUCUGGAGGUUCUGAUUUGAAGUGUUAUGAGUGUGGUGAGCCUGGUCAUUUUGCUCGUGAAUGCCGUCUGCGUGGUGGUUCUGGAAGGCGUCGUAGCCGCAGCCCCCCAAGGUAUCGCAGAAGUCCUAGUUAUGGCAGGAGAAGCUACAGUCCACGUGGGCGCUCUCCCCCACCCAGACGUCGCAGUUUGACACCACCCAGGGGUGGCCACAGCCGUAGCAGGUCUCCACCAUACCGUGGAAGGGAGGAGUUGCCAUAUGCAAAUGGUAAUGGCUUGAAGGAUCGACGCAGAAGCAGGAGUUGAGGAUUGGCAUACAAGUUCUCUGGCUUCGUUUAGAAGAUAUACUGGGAUUAUGUGUUAUGUAGUGUUCUUGGACUUCAGCACAAUUCUGUUUAAUUUGGGGGACGCCCUCUGCCUCUACUCUCUGGAUUUGGUUAAGUUCCUUCCUUUCUUAUCUUGAGCUGGUUUUGUUUACUAUGUAGGCAUGAGGAUCUUAUGAGUAAACUGGCAUCAUAACUUUUUUUAAGAGUGCUUGUUAGAAUGCUGCUAAAAAUCUCUGCUCUUUUUUUCUUUUUGUGUUGAGGUGUCGUCUGGUACUUCUGCUUCAUUGGUUUUGUGCUUCUGCACUUCCUUGGUCUCUGGAAUUUCUUCACUGCCCUGCUCUGGGAUCUUCAAUUUUGAUUGUUGUGGGAUCCCAGCCGGCUUAACUGUAGAGCUUCAAUUUUUGUGUUUCUGCUCUCCCUUGGCCCUUUGGAUUUCUUCACUGCACUGCUCUGCUCUGCUCUGGGAUCUUCAAUUUUGAAACAGUUGUGGGUCCCAGCCUGCUAUAGCUUCUCCUAUUUUCACUGAAACUCGUCGGUUGUGAUGCGUCUUCAAUCUACUACUAAACCCUUGUGGCAGGUCUACUACUAAACCCUUGUGGCAGGUACUCGUACAUGUUCUGAGAGAGAUUAGGUCUACAUAAAUAUUGAUUUAGACGUCCUUUAGCCUCCACCGAAGAAGUCUGAUCUUAAUGGAGUUAAUUUUGGGGUGUACAGGUAGAGAUUUGUUUAUUUCGAUUCUCCCAUCACUUCUUUUGGAUCGGUCGUUGUUUCAUGCACACAAGUUGCGCAUAUUCUUGGGCCUGAUGUCCUGGAUCUUCAAUUUGAUACAAAACCUUGAAAUCAAUGAAGUGUGACUGAUUUAUUUGUUUG